AUGACAACUUUUGCUCCUGCAACCCUCUCCUUUCUUCUCCUCUGGACUCUGCCAGGGCAGGUUCUCCUCAGUGUGGCUUUGGCAAAAGAGGAUAUCAAAUCUGGAACCAAAAUCUCCCAGCCCAUGUCUCCAUCUGAUUUUCUGGACAAGCUCAUGGGACGAACAUCUGGAUAUGAUGCCAGGAUUCGGCCUAAUUUUAAAGGGCCACCUGUGAAUGUGACCUGCAACAUCUUCAUCAACAGUUUUGGCUCCGUCACCGAGACCACCAUGGACUACAGGGUGAAUGUCUUCUUGCGGCAGCAAUGGAAUGACCCACGCCUGGCCUACCGAGAAUAUCCUGAUGACUCUCUGGACCUAGACCCCUCCAUGUUAGACUCUAUUUGGAAGCCAGACCUCUUCUUCGCUAAUGAGAAAGGGGCCAACUUCCAUGAGGUGACCACCGACAACAAGCUGCUGCGCAUUUUCAAGAAUGGGAAUGUGCUCUACAGCAUCAGAUUGACCCUCAUUUUGUCCUGCCCUAUGGACCUCAAGAAUUUCCCCAUGGACAUCCAGACAUGCACAAUGCAGCUGGAAAGCUUUGGUUACACCAUGAAUGAUCUUGUGUUUGAGUGGCUGGAAGAUGCUCCUGCUGUCCAAGUGGCUGAGGGGCUGACUCUGCCCCAGUUUAUCUUGCGUGAUGAGAAGGAUCUAGGCUAUUGUACCAAGCACUACAACACAGGGAAAUUCACCUGCAUCGAGGUAAAGUUUCACCUGGAACGGCAGAUGGGCUACUAUCUGAUUCAGAUGUACAUCCCCAGCCUGCUCAUCGUCAUCCUGUCCUGGGUUUCCUUCUGGAUCAACAUGGAUGCUGCCCCUGCGCGUGUGGGCCUUGGAAUCACCACCGUCCUCACCAUGACAACCCAGAGCUCUGGCUCCAGGGCCUCUUUGCCUAAGGUAUCAUACGUGAAGGCAAUCGACAUCUGGAUGGCCGUGUGCCUGCUCUUCGUGUUCGCUGCUUUGCUGGAGUAUGCUGCUGUCAAUUUUGUCUCUCGUCAGCAUAAGGAAUUCAUGAGACUUCGAAGAAGGCAGAGGCGCCAACGCAUGGAAGAAGACAUCAUACGAGAAAGCCGCUUCUAUUUUCGAGGCUAUGGCCUGGGACACUGCCUGCAGGCAAGGGAUGGAGGGCCAAUGGAAGGUUCUAGUAUUUAUAACCCCCAACCUCCAGCCCCUCUUCUAAAGGAGGGAGAAACCAUGAGGAAACUUUAUGUGGACCGAGCGAAAAGAAUUGAUACUAUCUCCCGGGCUGUCUUCCCCUUUACUUUUCUUAUCUUCAAUAUCUUCUACUGGGUUGUCUAUAAAGUUCUACGGUCAGAAGAUAUUCACCAGGCAUUGUGA